GGAGCCAUAUUCAUUUUGGUUUCACAGAAUGCUGCAUAAUCCCUUUUUAAACCUUUCAGUAUUUACACAAUACAUCAUUUGACACUGAUAACUGCGCAUCUCAUCAACAAUUUCACCAAAGGUUCCUCUGGAGAUCUAUUCGAAUCUUCUGUGCGUUUCAGCCCAAAUCCGAGAUUUAGUCUCCCUGUAUAGUUCUGGGCUGCAGAGUUCACCGACCGUCAUACAAACCAUCAGCUCGAGGCGGCUGAAACAUGGAAAUCUUUAUUAUUUUCAUCCUCUGUAUCUGGCUACCCGGUGCUUUCAGUCCGUCCGUGACACAAACCCCGACAGUAGUGACCAGGUCGGAAUGUCAGUCUCUCAGCAUCACGUGUGUUUAUUAUGGUCACAACUGGGGUUAUCUUUUCCAAGAUGGAUUUCUCCUCAAGGAAACCCAGGAUGGAUCAGAGCGGAGGCGGAUCUUUAGCGGAGGGAGAUUUGUUGUACGGAUGGUUAAAGAAGAAAAGACUUUUUCACUGGAGAUUCAGGACAUAAGAAUUGAAGACGCUGGCACAUAUUACUGUCAAGCACAUUACUUGUGUUGGAAAUACGAUACUGUGGAUGGACCUGGGACCGUGGUGACUGUCACAGCAGAUUCCAGUUCUCUGGUGUCCCACAGUCCACCUUCACAAACCUCCACUGCUGGCGAAACUGUUACUUUAAGCUGCGAAUAUUCAGGGUCCUGUCAUUACACAGUUUAUUGGUACAGUCAGGCAACUGGUCAAGCUCUGAAACACCUGCUUCAGAGACACACUUCAGGAGAGGAGAAUCAAAAUGCUGUUUCAGGGGAAAAACUGUCCGCUUCCAUCAAUUCUGCAACAAAAAUCGUUCAGCUAAAGAUCUCUAAAAUGCAAAUGGGUGACUCCGCCGUGUAUUACUGUGCACUGAGUCGGCGCUUAGCCCGCACAGUGAAACAAAGGACGGGGCGAGCUGUACAAAAUCUUAACACGGUAGCAUAA